AUGUCAGAACCAAUCCCCGAAGCCAUCCCCACCUCCAACGACCGCCGCUCCAACCGCCCUGUCAAGAAAGCCCGCGCCAACGACCCUCUAAGCCAACAAUCAGCACAAGUGGAGGCGCUCUUCGCCAACCCCGAUCGCGAGAUCAUCAUCCCAGCAUCUGCGACCUCCCAAGCGAAGACACUAGCCGCGCCGCCGGAGAUUGUGGCAAAUGUGCAGGGCUCGUCGGCCGGAGCGGGCAGCGGGGAGUUUCACGUCUACAAGGCUAGUCGGCGGCGGGAGUACGAGAGGUUGAGGUUGAUGGAUGAGGAGGUGGAGAAGGAGGAGAAGGAAAAGGAAUGGAGGGAGAAGCAAGAGGAGAGGCGGAAAUUGGAUGAGGAGAAGCUGAGCAAGAACCAGCUGAAGAGGGCCAAGGCAAAGUUGAGGAAGGAAAGAAAGAAGAUUGAGGGCGGUGGGGAUGGGGAGGGCAUGGAAGUGGAUGGGGCGAAAGAUGAUAAUGGAGUGGAGAAGAAGAAGAAGAAGUUGGCGCCUGCAAAGAGUGCUGUCCAGAGCAAUGGCGGACAUCGGGACGAGGACGAUGCAACGGAUGGCAACGAGAAUCGGGAUGCUACCGAGGAGGGAGGGAUUACGUUUCACGAUGAUGAUUGA